UCGCUUCACCGUAGUAGGAUUCGUAAAAUCGCGCUUUGGACGCAGGUUGAAAUCCAGCUGCUUGCACGAGACCAUAGACGCGCUACACGCAGUGCAACCAAAACAUGGCUGGGAAGAUCCAGACUCUUACUAUGGAGGAGAGGGAGCACCUUCUGCCCAUGAUGAGGAACGCUCAGUGGGUGGAGGUGGUGGGGAGGGAUGCAAUUUACAAAGAGUUCAACUUCAAAGACUUUAACCAGGCUUUUGGGUUCAUGUCCAGGGUAGCACUACAAGCUGAGAAGAUGGAUCAUCACCCUGAAUGGUUUAAUGUGUAUAAUAAGGUUCAGAUCACCCUCAGUACUCAUGAAUGUGGAGGACUUUCACAGCGUGACAUCACCCUUGCAACCUUUAUAGAUCAGGCCUCUGUCCUCUGAGUGGACCCUCUCACUUGACAUCCUGUCAGUCCACCUCUGUAGCCUGUAAAACUGGACCAAAAAUAUUGUGCAACUUCAUUUACCACAGUUAUCACCAUAUCGGUUUUGACUGUGUGUAGUCUGCCUGUUACACCUAAUCUUUUCCCAAUAAGUAUUAACAGUCAGGAGAAAUUUCAUCUAAAUACAUCAUUUUACAUUAACAUAAAUGUACUACAGGUCAGAGACGAGAAUUGCUAGCACACUGAAGAGACCGGUCAAGCACUAUUACCUGUGUUACUGUGGCUUAAAGUCAAUAUAUAGUGCCUUUAUUUUCAUUUGAUGUGAUCCAGCGAUGACAUGGUUAGUGCCUCAGUGAAUUGUAUUAAACUGAAUAUUUGCUUUA